AUGAAGACCACUUUACUGCAUGUUGUACCACCAGUGAGCAGAGACAGAAUAAUCUCCCACUUCCCAAAAUGGUACACACCUGAGGCCUGCCUGCAGUUCAAAGAUCACUUCCACACCCAGGUGGGGAGCGCCUGUCAGCGACGGAACACUGGUGCUGUCGGGUUAAAAAUAUCCAAAGUGGUUGUGGUGGGAGACCUGUAUGUUGGAAAAACAAGUCUCAUCAACAGGUUUUGUAAGGAUGUGUUUGACCGUGAUUACAAGGCAACCAUUGGAGUGGAUUUUGAAAUUGAACGUUUUGAGAUAGCUGGAGUUCCAUAUAGUCUCCAAAUAUGGGACACAGCAGGUCAAGAAAAGUUCAAGUGCAUCGCAUCUGCUUACUACAGAGGAGCAGAGAUUAUUAUAACGGUCUUUGAUUUGGCUGAUAUCCAGACUUUGGAUCAUACCAAACAGUGGCUUCAGGAUGCACUGAGGGAGAAUGAACCAGGGUCCAGCUUCAUCUUUCUAGUUGGAACAAAAAAAGAUCUAGUGUCCACUGCUGCAUGUGAGCGGACAGAACUGGAUGCCAUUCACUAUGCCAAUGAGAUGCAGGCUGAGUACUGGUCAGUUUCAGCCAAAACAGGGGAAAAUGUCAGGGAGUUUUUUUCCAGAGUUGCUGCCUUGGCCUUUGAAAAGUCCAUGCUGAUGGAACUGGAGAAGAGCAACAGCCGCAUGGCACAGAUUGGUGCAGGAAACCUUAUCAAUAUAGAAGGAACUUCACUGGAGGCUUCAGAAACCAACCAUCAAGCCAACGUAGGCUGCUGCUAA